AUGUCGGUUCAAAGGUGUCGAAGGCUGGGUAAGGAGUGCACUGAGAAGAUACGGGGACCGCGCAAGAGGAGAGAGAAUAAGCCAUCUCUCAUCAGAGCAUUGCAGGGGUCCAACGACAUCACCGCAACAACCAAUCGACUGUCUAUCGAUGAAACCUCGCCAGCAUCACAAGCCACCACAUCAGGAAGGUCCCCAGAAACGUACGCAAGCACCCCAUCCAGGAGCACCUACAUCACCAUCCCCCCCUCCUACAACUCCUUCGGGCCUUCAACAUGCAUCUGUCGCCCGCCGCCCGGCCAGGUCCCGGGCCCGCUCGACUCGGACGCGACCCUCCUCUCCAUCUACCAAGACUCCCUUACCCCGGCGUACCCCUUCGUCGUGAUCCCCCACGGCACUGCCCCGGCCGACCUGGCCGCGACCCGGCCCUUCACUAUGUCCUGCAUCCGCAUGGUCGCCUCCUUCCGCAGCCUGCGCUCCAUGCAGGGCCAGAUGUACCGGCUCAAGGCCCACGUCGCCGACGCCAUGAUCCUCCGCUCCGAGCGCUCGCUCGACCUCCUCGCCGGGCUCGUCGUCAUGCUCGGCUGGCAUCACCACCACUGCUUCGUCCACGCCCAGAUGCAGAACCUCGUCGCGCUCGCCGUCACGCAGGCGGCUGAGCUGGGGCUCACGCGCAGCCCGGGGUACCAGGAGCGCACAAAGCUGCUGGUCGAGAACCUCGGGGAGGUGAGGGAGAGGACAAGCGAGCAGAAGAGGUUGCUGCUUGCGGUGUGGUACUUGAGCUCCACGAUAUCCAUCGGCAUGGUGCAGAUUGAGGCUAUGAAGUUCACGCCAUACAUGCGGCGAUGUCUACGCGAGCUCGAGAUGACACAGGAAUACGACUCGGACACGUAUCUAGCCUACCUCAUCAGGAUACAGAUCCUCUCCAGCAAGAUCAUAAGCCUAUCCCAACGCGACGACGAAGAUGAAGAGGAACCUGAAAUAGUACACAGAGCCCCCUUUGCGGCAUACGCCUCCGCCUUUGAUGCAGAGCUAAACAACCUCAUCAAGAGCAUGCCGCUAAGAUUACAAGAAGACAAACUCAUGCGUCUGACCAUAAACACCGUCCGCCUCCGCAUCCACGAGCCCCCAAAACUGGACGCCGCCCUCCUCUCCUCCCUCUCCAAGUCCUCCAUCGCCGCGGGCACGCCCUCCCCGCUCGACUCCUUCUACCAAUCCAACGCCGCCCUCCGCGCCUGGUUCGAUGAGUGGCUCAGCCAGCCCAUCCCCUCCUACCCCUACAUCACCCUCCCCGUCUCCCUCAACGUCAUCCACGCCAUCACCAUCCUCGGCCGCUGGGCCAAGCUCCUCCUCAUCGGCGACCUGCGCCGCCCGCGCGCCUCCGCAUCCGCCCCUGCCCCGGACCCGCCCCAGGACCCGUCGGGCAACUACAACAACCCCUCGCCGCUCGACUCCGCCACCACGCCGGGCACCACGAGCUCGACGCUGACGGGCACCUCCUCGCUGUCCUCAGCGGCCUCCACGGAGAGCCAGCUCGCCCAGGCCAUCGCCACCCUCAAGAUCCAGCUCGCGACGCAGCCCGCGCUCAGCCUUGACGUGCCCGGCAUCCUCGGCCAGAUGGGCAGCGCCAUGGAGCAGGCGGCCGCGUCGCUCGCGGUGCACAGCGAGGAUCCGCCCGGGGUGGGACAUAACAUCUGGUCCCUCACGGCCGCAAAGUUGCGCAUCGCGCAGUUGAAGAUUGAGCAGUGGGCGGCGAUGGUGGCCGAGGAGGAGGACGACGACGAGUCGGGCGGGGAAGAGGAGGAGGAGGAAGAAGGGGUGUAUGAAGGUGUCGCGGCUGAGGUGGGCCAGGAUGAUAUGCAAGGCGUCAUUGACGGUGCGGCUGUUGAGAAGACUGCUGUGCCGUUUGUGGGGUCUGAGAGGGACCUGGGUAUCUUUGAAGACAGCUGGGGCGGCGGGAAUCCCAUGGCGGGUGCCUUUGACAAUCUGGGCCCCUUUUCUUGGAUGGACGGCGUUGGGGAUUGGGGCGCCGCCAUGAUGGGCUCGGCACAUCAGAACGGAUAG